AUGUGUCCGCUUAUUAGAGCGUCCGUCUAUGCGACCUUUCACUGUUGUAUCGACGGUACACACAUCGUCAUUGAUCCUCCUAGUGAACGGAAGGAUGACUAUAUCGAUCGCAAAGGGAAUAUGUCAAUAACUUUGCAAGCCGUAUGCAAUGAGCACAAGAAGUUCAUAGAUAUUUUUGUGGGAUUCCGGGAUCGUCUCACCUGGGUUUUUCAAAACUCGAAUUUGUACCGAAAAUUAGAAACAAAUUGCAAAGAUUAUUAUUUAUUAGGAGACUCUGCCUAUCCUUGCACUCAGCACUUGGUGACACCCUACAGAGACAAUGGGCACCUGACAAGAGCGGAAAAAAAUUUCAACAUCAAAUUAAGCUCGGGUCGUGUGGCCAUAGAACACUGCUUUGGAAUUUUAAAACAGCGAUUCAGACAAUUGUACUUCUGCAAACUUAAGGGUCAGAAAAAAGUAUGCCAUUUUAUAAGAGCAUGUUGUGUCUUACACAAUAUUGCUAAAGAAGACGAUCUGGAAUUUGUAAUGCAAGAUGAAGAAGGAGUUUUAGGUUAUGUGCCUGAACAAAUAUCAAGAGGAAAUGCUGUAAGGAACACUAUUUGCCAACAACUACCAAAUUAA